AUGUCUGCUGCCGCAGGGCCCGGUCCUGGAGCGUCGCGUCUUUCUUCACCUCCUCCUUCUCUUACUAGGCCGUCGAGCAGAGCUGGUCCUUCGUCUUCGUCUCAGCCCUCGACCUCAGCCGGCGUGCCAACGCCUGUUAGCAAUGGCGAUCUGAGCCGUCGCCAGGGCUUGCCUGACCCAGGCUCGUCUGGCUCGGCGUCUGGCAAGCGCAAGAGAAAUGAACCUGUUUUGGGGAUGGACAGCUUGUUGAAGGCUUCUAUCGUGCUGAAACCCUAUCCCUCAAGCCUGACCGUCAAACCCCGAAUCCUGCACCCCCUCAUGCUCCUCCCCCGCGAACAUCUCCCUCUCUCUGCGCUCGACCUGUCCCAACCCCACGGCGACUUCCCCUCGAGCCGCCUCUUCGAGUCAAAGAUUAAGAUUCUCGACCUCGAAGGGCGCAUGGGCUCGAGUGUGCUCCUCGCGCGCUCCGAAACAACAGGCCUGAUCUAUGCCAUCGAACCCGCCAACAGUACCAACAACGGUAACGGCCUAUACGUUCUGUGCAAACUUGGUGCCUGGGUGGACAUCGGGCAGUUGAGCCAAAAAGCUCUUGUCGCCUGUCGCGAGCGCUUGAAGCCGAAGAAGCAAAUGAAAGCCGAGGAAACCGAUCUGCCCCUGACGACGCCACUCUUGUACAAGGAGAACAAGAGGCGUAGGUUGGCAAUUGAGGAGAUUCAGAGUAUUGUGAGUAGUAAGAGGGCGGAGAGCCAGGCGGCGAGGAGUCGAGCGUCGAGUGUGGUUGGGGCGAGGCCGCCGAGUGUGCUGGGAGAUGCGAGAGUUCCUCCUGAGGUGUCGUUACCGGAGAAGCAGGAGACUCAGGCCCCUGGUCAGUCGAGUUCACCUGCUCCUCCGCCGGCGCCGGCGGAGAGUGUUGCCCCGUCGUCGAGCCCGGCGAAGGCGAGUGCUCAGGAUGCGGCGCAGGAAGAUGAUCCGUUUGCACAACCGAGCGCAGAGGAGCUGUUCCAGAUUAUCAGAACUCAGUAUAUGGAGGCCUUGUAUCACUCCAAGGGUUCACUGGCAUACUUCGCAAAAGGCCCCCUUUCAAGGGCCAGAGCUGCCUUCCAGCACAGCACCGACUCGAGGUUUUCUUUGCAGGACCUCAUUGAUUUCCUCAGAAGCCUCAUCAUAAAUACGGUGCUCAUCGACAAGAAGUAUCGCGAAACGAUCCCUGAGAUAGUAGCCAGGAUCAAAACACUUGUCGAUGACUCCGAGAAGGGCUCUAGGCCGAAGAAGAGGAAGAGGAAGAAGCCCAAGCUUGGGAAAGAUGGUUUGUAUCCUGGGGAGAUCGAGCACAUCAAAAAAUGGUGGACCGCUCUCCAGCCUCAGCAGCGUGGAGUCGACGACGAUGAUGAUAAGAUCAUGUCGGCAACGGAGACCAAGUUCCACAUUUCCUGCUUGAGGAGAAGGGAGACUCAGCUGCAGAUCAUCCUCAUUCUCGAGAUCUUGGCCCUGGAGGCCCAGACUCAACCUCCUCAACAAAAAGAUUCCUCUAACGAGGUUCAACAACAAGGCGGGGAGCCCCAGGCUGUUGACAGGGAGAACAGCCAGGAACCGCCGGCCAAGAAGCGCAACAAGCACAACCUGCCUGUGCUGCUCGACGUCCACGCUGACCGUCUCUGCAUCUGGCAGACAACAGCCCUAGAUGAGGUCAAAGCCUUAGCUGAGACGCAGGCCAUCGCAGACGGUGAGGGUGCUGAGAAGCCGAAGAGUGCUCAUUCAGACCCUCUGAGGGAUUUCUGUGUUGAUAUUAUCAUCCCUUUCUUCUCCGCCCGUCUCCCCAGCCCCUGCGACGCCCUGAACCGCAAACUCGGCGGUCCCAUCGCACAAUCCCCUCCUAAACCCAAGGCUUCUGCCGCCGCAAAGCCAACCGGCAUCACUAAAGCCAAGCCCGGCGCGCCCGUCAAGCGUGUAUCCUCCGCCUCCAAGCGCGACAGCAGCCGCCGUUUGGAACGUGCCCUGUCAGUUGAACGCAGCCGACGUAGUGUGUCCCAGGGCCCUGCUACUGCCAUUGCUUUGAUGCGCUCGGCUAGCAACACCGUGGUUCCAGGGUUGAAGCGUGAGGCUAGUGAACCCAGGCUUCUGGGAAUCAUUUCAUCUAGGCCGGAGACUGCAGGUGGGUCGUUGAAGGAGCGGCCGGUGAAUAUGUUCCCGGGUCGGUUGGGACCUAGUACCGGUAGCAGUACGACUGCGAGGUCUAGGGCUAAUUCCAAUGCCAAUAACAACGCUGGAGCUGGCAAUGAGACUAGUUCUGGGAAUAGCGCAGAGGAUCUCCGAGCCAAGCGCAAGGCCCAGGUCGAGGCUGAGCUUAGGGACGCCAUCUCGACGCUGAAGAAGCCGAAUCGUACGGCAGCUGUCAAGGAAUACGUCGAAGCUGCCGAGAAGAGGGCCCAAGCGGCCGGUCAACUCAAGAAACUCAAAAAACUCGCCCGCCCCUCUUUAUCAUCAACAAUAGUUAAAGCAACUCCCGCCAAUAACCGCUUCAAAGACGCCCUCUCUGUCCCUCCCCAGCCGGCGGUCAUCGCCCCGACCCCCCCACACAACUCCACAACCGCUGCUACCUCUACACAAGACGCAAUUCCUCCCUCCAGUGCCUCGAUCGUCCCCCAGUCUACCCUUCCCCGCAAGUUCACUAACAAGCUCUCUGCGGCGGGUGACCGGGUGCAGGCGACACCGUUGCGUUCUUCUCUGUUGAGUGGAAGAGUAGAUGAAGAGGGGGAUAAUAUCCCUCCGUCAUCGCCUGCUGGCGGGAUGUUUGGGAGUUUGUUUGAGACGCCUGUUGCGGCGAGGAGUCGGGCGGCUGCAAGGGGGUCUGCACUGGGGGUGAUGCAGGAUACGCCGGUUAAGGGGGGAGGGUCGGCGAGUAGGUUGUUGUUCCCGUCGGCGUCAACGUCAUCGGGUGUGGCUGGAAAGAGAGGGGCUAGUGGGGGGUUGGGGUUGGGGGAUGGGAAUGCGGUUGCAAAGAGGGCUGAGGAGAAGAGCAGUGGGAACAAUCAGCCUGCUGUGAAGAAUGAGAAAGAGAAUGAUGGCGAGGGUAAGGGGCUGAGUAUUUAUCAGAGGCUGGGAUGGGAUCCGACGGAUUUGGAUGAUAUUGACAUCCUUUCUUGA